GCUGCUCUCGUCACCUCGAGAGCACCACGGCUACAUUUAUGGGGGCGUCGUGCGCGGUCAAGGGCAGCAAGAGCCACCCCUGUCACUGCUGCAGCUACCUCGCCAGUCCCGGCGCGAGCGUGCAACAGCAGCAGCAGCAGCAUCACCACCACCGCCAUCACCACCAUCAUCACGAGACUCACCACGCGCACCACCAGCACCAUCAUCACCACCACCCCGUCGGGAAGCAAUCCGCCACCGAGCUGCAGCAGCCGCAGAACAACAACGGGGACUGCAACAUAUUAGCACCGCUGCGCAGCAAGAUGAAGGUGCUGAAGAAGCUGAAGCGCAAGAUUGGCCUAGCACCGAGAUCGUCCAAUGCAGGCACCAAUAAUAUGCCACCACUGACGUUCCAUCAGGUUCAUGGUGAGAACGUCAGACUUUGCAAUGGCGGGACCAUCGCCAGAAGGUACGAGAGCUUUUGCAGAGGCAUCACCUUCAGUGCACGACCGGUUCGGGUCGGUGAAAAGGUAUGCGUGAAAUUUCUCGAGCUCUCGAACAACUGGAGCGGCGUGAUCCGAUUCGGUUUCACCAGCAACGACCCGAUCAACCUGCAAAACGGCCUGCCAAGGUACGCCUGUCCAGACCUAACGAACAAACCCGGUUACUGGGCGAAGGCCAUGACCGAGAGACUGGCUGAAAGGGGCGCGGUGCUCUUCUACUACGUCACGUCCGCCGGAGACGUUCAUUUCGGUAUGAACGGGGAGGAGAAGGGUGUGUUCUUCGGCGGUGUCGAGACCCGGGGUCCUCUAUGGGCGUUGAUCGACGUGUACGGCAACUGUACAGCGAUCGAGUUCGUCGAUCCCAACAGGCAACAUUUCAACAACAUCAGGAGAGGCGCCGAGCAUAGCAACGAGGACAAUGCACAGCACAGCAGGCACACGGCCAUGGACGACGCGAGCAACGCGAGCAGAGACAUCCGUGGGGAGGGACACCUCGAAAGGGUCAUUCCGUCCAUGCAGAGCAUGUCGAUCCAUCAUGAGCACGACGUAGAGCUGCCCGGUCUUAGGUUUCAGCCUGCCGGUGUCAUCUUCACGCCGUUACCCUUCCACCCGACUCGAGGCAGGAACAUCCUCUUCAGCAACCAGCAAUGCGUGGCGACGCGAACGGACAUCGAGUUCUGUCACGGCUACGCGUUCACGAGUCGACCGUUGUUACUCGGUGAACGAUUGGUCGUGCAGAUCCUAGCCACAGAACCGUUGUACCUCGGCGCUCUAGCCCUCGGUCUAACAUCCUGCGACCCAGCUCGAAUCACCGCCGAGGACCUACCAGACGACAGCGACCUGCUUCUAGAUCGUCCGGAGUACUGGGUCGUGUUCAAAGACGUAGCGUCGAAUCCUCAACCUGGGGACGAAAUAGCCUUCACAGUGACUCACUUCGGCGAGGUACAAAUGAGUAAAAACGGCGGCCCACCGAACGUGGUGUUACACGUAGACCAGAGUCUCCAGCUAUGGGCGUUCUUCGACGUAUACGGUAGCACGCAGCGAGUCAGAAUGCUGGCCGAGAGACCAUCGUCGCCUCCGCGACAACGUCAGACCAAUCCUUCUCCGUCGACUGUCCUGCAACAGCAACAGCAACAACAACAACAGCAACAGCAGCAACACUCGAAUCACAGUAACGCGGCCACGGAAUUAUCCAGAUUCUCGGAGAUGGUUCAGUUCAAACCGGCCAUAGGUGGAGGAACGGUUCUAGUGGUAAACCUUCCACCUCAGACAAGCUACGUCACGCCGUCCUCGUCUACUCCUCAGCCCACGUACGUCUCCGCCGGACACAGGAAUCAACAGGCGCACCUUCCAGCCGCGGCAGCGGUAGCAACAGCAUCAACAGCGUCCACGUCGCAUCCUGGAUCCUCCAGACAGUCCUCGCCACCUUUAACGGGUACCAUGGCCAGUACAGGCUCCUCUACCUACGUCGAACCGGUGAAUUAUCAAAGCCUAGACGGCACUCUUACCUCCCAAGCGUCUUCCCACCUGCAACAGUGGAGCGAGAGCCUGCAGCCUACACCUGGACAACCGAGCGAGUGUUCAGUAUGUUACGAAAGAAGUAUCGACAGCGUUUUGUACAUGUGCGGCCACAUGUGUAUGUGCUAUCCCUGUGCUAUACAGCAAUGGUGUGGCAAAGGUGGUGGACAUUGUCCUCUAUGUCGAGCGACCAUCAGGGACGUGAUCCGUAUCUAUAGAUCCUGAACGGCGGCGCGGCCAAUCCGCGAAAAGAACGGUUCCAGAGGUUGAUGUUGUGCGAUGCCCGGCCAUGAACGCGUUUACUCGUCUCCUCGGAACAC